AUGUCGUCGCUAGCUUCAUCAAGCACCGUCGGAAAGGCUAUCAAAAGGGUAUUCCCCCCACGUCGUGUCGCGCAACGACAAGCGAGCAGAGCAUUCUCAAGCUCGCAAUGCAGACCAGCGAACUCUCGACCAAUAACAUUGAGUUCGUUUCUCCCCUCGACGCGGGUGCCCCGUACUUCCCUGGAUACAUGGAAGAGACCACAAUUGGCUCGGUCCAUGUUCAUUCAGAGCGAGGCGACACCAAAUGAUGAUUCACUAAAAUUCAUUCCCGGGGUACCCGUAAUGGGGGAGGGCACGGCUGAGUUCCUGGACACUCGGUCUGCAUUAAAAUCCCCACUAGCUAUACGUCUGAUGGGCAUCGAGGGCGUCAAGGCCGUAUUCUACGGACCCGACUUCGUCACUGUCUCCAAGGAUUCAGAAAACCCAUGGGCCGUGCUCAAACCAGAGAUAUACUCGAUUCUCAUGGAGUUCUUCUCUUCGGGGCAGCCGCUGUUCAGGUCGGAAGAAGAGAAAGACGCCGCGGGCCCGCAGGAUACAAAGAUAUUGGAUACGGAUUCGGAGACGGUGGCAAUGAUCAAGGAGCUGUUGGAGACGAGGGUGCGACCUGCGAUCAUGGAGGACGGGGGUGAUAUUGAGUAUCGGGGGUUCGAUGAGGAAUCGGGAAUAGUGUCGGUGAAAUUGAAGGGCAGUUGCCGAGGGUGCGAUUCGAGCACGGUAACGCUGAAGAGUGGAAUAGAGCGGAUGCUCAUGCAUUACAUACCCGAGGUCAAGGCGGUCGAACAGGUCCUGGAUCAGGAAGAGGAAAUUGCGCUGAACGAAUUCAGUAAGCUAGAGGAGCGCUUGUCUCACAAGACCAAAGAAUCGAGCGAACCGUCGUCAUUAGUAAUGAGUCCCGAGCCAAGGACCUUCACGCUCGCGUCGCGGGCCUCACAGCUUGCGCAGAUCCAGACCAACAUCGUCCUCGACACCCUUCAAACCGAAUUCCCCACCUCCGAUGCCGCAAAUCCCAAAUUCGCCACCUUAUUCAUGUCCACCGCCGGCGAUAAGAAUCAGUCCCAGGCCCUGUUUCUGAUUGGGGGCAAAUCGUUGUGGACGGGCGAGCUGGAGGUGGCGCUGAAGGAAAGGGUGGUAGAUAUGCUAGUGCAUAGUUUCAAGGAUGUGCCCACUGUGCUUCCAGAGGGGUUUGUGAUCGGGGCGAUCUUAAAGAGGGAGGAUCCGGUGGAUAGUCUAGUGGUGAAGAAGGGGGAGACGUGGAAGACUUUGGAAGAUCUGCCUGAUGGGAGUGUGGUUGGUACGAGCAGUGUCAGACGGGUAGCGCAACUACGGAGAAAUUUCCCAAAGCUGAAAUUUUUGGACGUGGUGAGCACGCCUCAAACCGUCUCUCAUACCCAAGUCACUUAUGUCGUUUCUUAUAUUCAGAGGGGAAACCUAAAUACGAGAUUUGCAAAGUUAGAUGCGCCUGAUGGUCCUUAUGCGGCCCUUAUCCUAGCAAAAGCAGGUAUCGUUCGACUGGGAAUGGGCGAUCGCAUCUCGUCAGACAUUACACCCCCCUCACUCUAUCACGCCGUUAGUCAAGGUGCCCUCGCAGUAGAGAUCCGGGCGGACGAUGCAGAGGCUGUUAGAUUAUGCGAGGCGCUGACCCACUGGGAGACAGAAUGGACAUGCCUCGCUGAGCGUGCUUGCUUGCGCGUUCUAGAGGGCGGUUGCAGUGUACCUGUUGGAGUCGCUACAUCUCUGAAGGCAGAAGGGGCGAGUAAAAGCGGGAUAUUGACGAUUACUGGGUGUGUUACGGCUCUGGAUGGCAGUAUUCAUGUGGAGGAGACGCUGGAAGGCCAAGUCGAGUCGAAGGAAGAUGCGGAGGGGGUUGGGUCGAAGUUGGCGAGGAUUCUUCUGGAGAAUGGCGCAAAGGCUAUUUUGGACGAAAUCAACGUAGAUCGCGACAGACGAGUGGGAGAGGCGAAAACGGCUGACGAGGCUGCGAAAAUCGCGAGCGCAAUGCAAGGUCAAGCAUAA